UAACUAUUACGACGAUGGAGGGUUAAUGUCGUCAAUUCAAAGGGAAGCGGAACGGAAAACCUACGCGAUUGCUUCCAUUAUUUUAAAGCAAAAGAAGCAAAAUUGAUUUCCCUCCAAUUCCCGCAGGCACGCUUCCCUAUCUGCAAAUUGAAUGAUUAGAUAUUUGCACCACCAAUUUUAAAAGUCUCUAUUUCCAUAGCCUCCAUUUUUCCUUUUUGGAGACUCUGCUUCUAGGGUUUGCAUAUUCCUGUUUGUUUCUCCAGAUUGUCUAGGGUUUCUACAGUGCUCGCUUCUUCUCAGGUUAUUUUGACAUGGAUCCUACAACACAAAGUUUCCAGCACCGAACACUUUCUGUCAAAUUGUGGCCUCCUAGUCAGAGUACCAGGCUAAUGCUUGUAGAGCGGAUGACCAAGAAUCUUACGACUCCUUCCAUUAUUUCCAGAAAGUAUGGCUUGUUGAGCAAAGAAGAAGCUGAGGAGGAUGCCAAGCAAAUUGAAGAGUUAGCAUUUAUUGCUGCAAACCAACACUACCAGAAAGAGCCUGAUGGUGAUGGAAGUUUUGCAGUGCAGGUUUAUGCCAAAGAAUCCAGUAAGCUCAUGCUGGAAGUUCUUAGAAGAGGACCUAGAAUGAAGGAAGAUGGAGAAGUGAUAACAACUGACAAAGCUACUGCUGUGCGUACAGAUAUAUUUGAUAUAUCUGGUGGUCGAAGGGCAUUUAUCAGUGCAGACGAGGCUGAAGAUCUUUUAAAACCACUUAAGGAGCCUGGGCACCUGUAUACUAGGAUCUGUUUCAGUAACAGAAGUUUUGGUUUGGAUGCAGCUGGUGUUGCAGCGCCUAUCUUGUCAUCCAUAAGGGAUCAAUUAACAGAAGUAGACUUAUCAGACUUUGUUGCAGGGAGGCCAGAAUCAGAAGCUCUUGACGUCAUGAAUAUAUUUUCUACAGCCCUGGAGGGUUGUAAUUUGAGAUAUUUGAACCUUUCAAACAAUGCCUUGGGCGAAAAGGGUUUGAGGGCUUUUGGGGCACUUCUCAAAACACAGAAGAAUCUGGAGGAGCUUUAUCUGAUUAAUGAUGGUAUCUCAGAGGAAGCUGCACGUGCAGUUUGUGAGCUAAUCCCUUCCACUGAGAAGCUCAAGGUCCUUCAGUUUCACAAUAACAUGACUGGAGAUGAAGGUGCAGUUGCUAUUGCUGAAAUUGUAAAACGAUCUACCAUGUUGGAGGAUUUUCGAUGUUCUUCAACAAGGAUAGGUUCAGAUGGUGGUGUUAUACUGGCUGAAGCUCUUGGAACGUGUAGCCAUUUGCGGAAGCUUGAUCUGCGUGACAAUAUGUUUGGAGUGGAAGCUGGAGUUGCUUUGAGUAAGUCUUUAUUUUCAUUUGCUGAUCUUACUGAGGUUUAUCUUAGUUAUCUAAACUUGGAGGAUGAAGGGGCUGAAGCACUUGCCAAUGCUCUAAAGGAUUCUGCACCUUCACUUGAAGUUCUUGAAAUGGCUGGGAAUGAUAUUACUGUGAAAGGAGCUUCUCGUUUGGCAGCUUGUAUUGCAGCAAAACAAUUUCUCAGCAAGUUAAACCUUUCUGAGAAUGAAUUGAAGGAUGAAGGUGCUAUUUUGAUUGCGAAGGCAAUAGAGGAAGGUCAUGGCCAGUUAAAUGAAGUUGAUUUGAGCACAAACUCAAUAAGAAGGGCUGGGGCAAGGCUCUUGGCACAGGCUGUUGUGCUUAAGCCAGGGUUUAAGAUGCUAAAUAUUAAUGGUAAUUACAUAUCUGACGAAGGGAUUGAUGAAGUGAAGGAUAUAUUAAAAAAUUUGCCUGGUGUGAUUGGGCUUUUGGAUGAGAAUGAUCCAGAAGGUGAAGAUCUUGAUGAAGAGACAAACGAAGAGGAUGAGGAUAAUGAGGAUGAAUUGGAAUUCAAACUUAAGGGGCUUGAAAUCAAACAUGAUCAGUAGGAAUGACAUUAUAAGUGAUUUGCUGUUAUAGCUUUUUCAGGAAUUAAAACUUAUGCAUAGACUACUGGUUAUUUGGAUAUAAAGCUUGUUUCUAUGCAAUCUAGUCUAGUUGCAUUAACCAGGUACUAGUAGACUCGUCCACUGUAGGUUAAACUGAGAAAAGUGUUUUUUUUUUCUUUCUUUUUGCCUUGAUAUAUCAGACUACCGAGUUUAGCAGAUGUAGCUUAAACCUGCCUGGGAACUGGGUUUAGUUCUAGGAUUUGCUAGGCAAAUAUUGUAUUGCUUUAGGCAGUAUGUUGUUUUUAAUUUAUUAGCUGCUCUCGGUUCUUAGAGCGUAGUUUUCUUUUGUAGCAUAUGAAUGCUCAAUAUUUUUAAAUUGAGUUUGGUCGUUCUGGCCUUUUGAGACUCAAAAUAUUUGUUUACUGCAGUUGUUUAAUAUAAUUUCGAUGAAGACGCUGUAGUGAUAAUGCAUGUGCAGAGGUUUGUCCUCUUAUUUUGAA